AUGUAUUCCUUAGCCGUCUUGUUUACAAUUAUCAUAGCUGCUAGAGGACAGCUAGGACCGGAGCAUUUUUUAGAGUCCAUACUUGCUGCUUCAUCUACGGCUGCACCACUUGCAACAGUCACAGGACCAGGACCAGAACCCAAUCCAUCUACUCUUGCACCAAUAGAACCAUUCACAGGAGUGGGACCAGAACUCCCUCCAUCAAUAGAACCACUUCUAGGACUAGGACCACAACUCCCUCCUUCAUCAACACCUUCACCCAGUUCAACUCAACAGGGACCAGGACCAGUGAUACCGACAGGCCACUUCCGUCUUCCUCUCGGACCAGGUCCCGCGAUAGUUACAGGAAGCUCCUCAUCUCCGCUUAUUUAUGGACCUGGUCCUGUGGUUAGCUCAGGAAGCCACUUCCGUCUUCCCCUUGAACCAGGUCCAGCGAUAGUUACAGGAGGCUCCUCCUCCUCCUCUCCGUUCAUCUUUGGACCGGGUCCUGUGGUUAAGACAGUCCAUAUGUCACCUCUCCUCGGGCCAGGUCCUGUAAUAACGCAUGGUAAUUCAUUUGAAUCGAUACAUGGUAUAGAAAAGUAA